CCGGGAAGUAGGAAGUAAAUACAGAGGAGUAGAGGUGCCACUGGAAACAAGUCUGGCACCAUGCUAGAAGGCUACAGCCCCGUGACCCAGGCCCUGUUGGGGACUCUGUUCACCUGGGGUCUGACUGCUGCCGGAGCCGCCCUGGUGUUUGUCUUCUCCAGCCGGCAGAAGCGCAUCUUGGAUGGAAGUUUAGGCUUCGCAGCAGGGGUAAUGUUGGCUGCUUCCUAUUGGUCGUUGCUGGCACCGGCAAUUGACAUGGCUGAGGAUUCUGGGAAGUACGGCUCAUUUGCUUUUGUGCCUGUGGCUGUGGGAUUCACACUUGGGGCAGCCUUUGUUUACUUCGCUGACCUGGCCAUGCCCUUGCUGGGUGUAGGUGCUGACCCCCACAUUGCCUUGGCCCUGCCCCCUGAAUCCAAGCUGCUCAAAGAGAAAGCAGAGGAGCCCUCAUUCCCACUGCUCGACACUGAUGAGAUGACCAUCAGGAUAGGUAGAACUGGACCUCACUCAGAUAAAAUAGAGAAUGGGGAUGUGUACCAGAGGAGGAGAGGACCUCAUUCAGGCAGCUCAGAUGAACAGGAAACAGGAAAUAAACAACUGGAAGGAGUUGGGCAGCAAGGAAGCAGCUGGCGACGCAUCCUCCUCCUCAUUCUUGCCAUCACCAUCCACAACAUCCCAGAGGGCUUGGCUGUGGGGGUUGGAUUUGGAGCCAUUGGAAAGACUUCAUCUGCUACUUUUGAGAGUGCCAGAAAUUUGGCCAUUGGUAUUGGCAUCCAGAAUUUCCCAGAAGGUUUGGCAGUGAGCCUGCCACUCCGGGGUUCAGGGGUCUCAACAUGGACAGCUUUCUGGUACGGCCAGCUAAGCGGCAUGGUGGAGCCCAUUGCUGGGCUGCUGGGCGCCUUUGCUGUGGUUUUGGCAGAACCUCUGCUGCCAUAUGCGUUGGCGUUUGCUGCCGGGGCGAUGGUUUACGUGGUGGUGGAUGACAUCAUACCUGAGGCUCAAGUCAGUGGGAACGGGAAGCUGGCAUCCUGGACCUCCAUCCUGGGCUUCGUAGUGAUGAUGUCACUCGACGUGGGGCUGGGCUGAGGUCACCAUGACAACUGGCAUCGUGUCAACAAAACCCUCAAUGGCCAUGAAGUCAUCACAGUGCUGCUGACCUCAGUUUUAAAAAGGGGACCAAAUGAAGUGUUUUAUUCAGGAACACUGUUUAUCUAUUUUGUUUGAGUUGUUGCUACUUGAAAUUUAUCAGAAAGGCAGAGGGUGACUAUACUUGAACAAUUAUCUUUCACAUUAAUGGCAGGUGUCUCAUUUUGGAAUGAAUUUAUAAAUAUUUAAUUCAUAUUCUCCUGUUUUCAGAGCUUAUGAAUGUUUUUUGAGAGGACAUAGCUUUUUGAGUUCUUUUUCAAGACAAUUGCCAGUUCUUAAAGUUAAAUGUUAUUUUUUUAGUUUACUUUCUCCAUUUUUUGUGUUUUAUCAUGAUGGCAAAACUUGAAGUCUGGUGUUUGAUUUGGUCAUUUAAGGCGUGGGAGUGAUUGGUUUACUGUUUGAGACGUCUUCUUUAAAAAACUAAAAACAAAUAAUAGUCCCCUUUUCUACCAAAUGUAGUGCCUUCUGCUUUUUAGGACAGUCAAUCUGCUGACAUCUGCAGGUCAGUAUGAAGAAUCACAUGUCGUGGUCUGUGUGUAAUUGUUUAAAAUGUUGAAACUGACGCUGAAUUACAUGUGAAGUAAUUAUAUAAUUAAACAGCCAAGUGAUUCUCA